GACCAUGGACUCGGCUAUAUAUAAUCUUGAAGAACAUGAAGAUUAGCACUCACCACAAAGCAAAAAACGUAUCGCAGUCACUAGCUAGUCACUACAAAGCAAAAAAUGUGUAACUGGGACUACUUAGUGUCCUUCGCUCGUGCGGUGUAUCCAAUAAUUGUGGAAGUAUUCAAUCAGGUCAGGGGUGUAAAAAAGGAGUCUGCAGACAUUGAAGCUGAUCUGGAAAGCUUUAAAGCUUUCAUCCAUGGUGCUGAUAAAGAAGCUGAAGAUGAACAAGAUGCUGAUAGGCGUGAAGGAAUCAAAAAAAUGGUGAAACAGCUGAGAGAAGCAGCUUUUUGCAUGGAAGAUGUCAUCGAUGAAUAUGAGAUCUCCUGUGAGGAAAAGCAACCUGGUGAUCCUGGAUGUGCAGUUUUACCCUGUGAUGCUGUUGGCUUCACGAAAACUCUGAUCCCUCGUAUUCUAUUAGCGUAUAAGAUUCACGAUGUGAAAUCACUUGCCUGUGGAAUCAAGGAAAGAUAUGGUUUACGUAGCCAAUUUUCUUUAGAACAAAGACCAUACAGUUCUAGAGGAAAUCAAAAUGCCGCGUGGCAAAACAUUAGACUGGCUGCUCUACAUACUCAUGAAGCUGACACUGAGGGUUUGGAAGGCCCGAGAAAAAUUUUGAAAGAUUGGUUGGUAGAUGGACUCAAAGAGCUCACUGUCAUCACCGUGGAAGGAAUGGGAGGAUUGGGUAAAACCACUCUCAGCAAGCAAGUUUUUGACAACCCAGAUGUCCGUAAGCUUUUUGAUUGUCAUGCAUGGAUCACUGUAUCUCAAUCCUACACUGUAGUAGAAUUGCUGAGGAAAUUGUUGUGCAAGUUUUACGAAGAUAAAAAGAAUAGUCCUCCCCAGAAUGUUUCUACCAUGGAUCGAGAGUCGUUGAUAGAUGAAGUGAGAAACUACCUGAACGGCAAGAGGUACGUUGUCGUAUUUGAUGAUGUAUGGAAUAAAGAAUUUUGGUAUGACAUUAAAUUGGCCUUAUUUGAUAAUAAAGAAAAGAGUAGGAUAUUAAUCACAACCAGAGACAAAGAUGUUGCAGUGUGUUGUAAGGAAUCUUGUUUUGUUCAUGUGCAUAAGAUGAAUCCUUUAACUGAAGUAGAAUCUUUGAAAUUGUUCUAUAAGAAGGCAUUUCAGCGUGAUUUUAAUGGAUGUUGUCCAGAAGGACUUGAAAAUACAUCUCUUGAAAUUGUUAAGAAGUGUCAAGGUUUACCUCUAGCUAUUGUGGUUAUUGGUGGCCUUUUAGCUAACAAACCUAAAGACAAAGGUGAAUGGGAAAGGUUUAGUCAGCGUCUAAGAUUAGAGUUGGAGGGAAAUUCUAGGUUAAUUAGUAUCAUAAAAAUUUUAAGUUUAAGUUAUGAUAAUUUGCCAUACAAUCUCAAAUCAUGUUUAUUGUAUUUCGGAAUGUAUCCUGAAGACUAUGAAGUUAAAUCUAGUAGAUUGAUUAGACAGUGGAUAGCAGAAUGGUUUGUGAAAUAUGAAGGGAGGAAAACUUUGAAAGAACUUGCACAACAAUAUUUAACAGAGUUGAUUAAUAGAAGUCUGGUACAAGUGACUUCAUUCACCAUCGAUGGAAAAGUUAAGACAUGCUGUGUCCAUGACUCAAUACGUGAGAUGAUCAUUAGAAAAAUCAAGGAUACGGGAUUUUGUCAGUAUGUUGGUGAGCGUGAUCAAUCUGUGUCAAGUGAGAUUGAUGAGCAUGAUCAAUUAGUGUCAAGUGGGAUCAUUCGACGCCUGACAAUUGCAACGGGUUCCAAUGAUUUAAGCAUUGAAAGCUCACACAUUAGGGCGAUUCUAUUUUUCACAAACAAAGGAUUAUCUCAAGAUUUCAUCAAUAGAAUUCCCGCAAACUCCACUCCAUUGAAGGUACUUGAUUUUGAAGAUGCUCGAUUAUAUCAUGUCCCUGAAAAUUUGGGGAAUUUAAUCUACUUGAAGUAUUUAAGCUUCAGGAAUACAAGAGUAAAAAGUCUUCCAAGAUCCAUUGGUAAGCUCCAAAACUUGGAGACCUUGGAUGUGCGACAAACAAAUGUGCAUGAGAUGCCAAAGGAGAUUAGUGAGCUUAGAAAACUAUGUCAUCUUCUGGCUAACAAGAUAUCUUCCGUUCAAUUGAAGGAUAGUCUUGGAGGCAUGACAUCUCUACAAAAGAUAUCUAUGCUGAUAAUUGAUUAUGAUGGAGUGGUGAUUAGAGAGCUAGGAAAGCUAAAGAAGUUAAGAAAUCUGAGCAUUACUGAAUUCAGAGAAGCACACAAAAACGCUCUGUGUUCCUCAUUAAAUGAGAUGCGUCAUUUGGAGAAACUAUUUGUUGAUACAGACGAAGACCACCAAGUAAUUGACUUGCCCUUUAUGUCAUCCUUGUCUACACUUAGGAAGCUUUGCCUAAGUGGGGAGUUAACAAAGUGGCCAGAUUGGAUUCCAAAGCUCCUUAAUCUUACAAAAUUGUCCUUGAUGUGCUCUAACUUAAUUUAUGAUCCAUUGGAAUCACUAAAAGAUAUGCCAAGUUUGUUGUUCCUCUCUAUCAGCCGUCGUGCUUAUCAAGGUAGAGCUUUGCAUUUUCAAUAUGGAGGGUUUCAGAAACUAAAGGAACUAAAGCUCGAAGAUUUGCAUUACUUGAGUUCCAUCUCUAUUGAUGAAGGAGCGCUGCAUUCUUUGGAAAAGCUUCAGUUAUACAGAAUCCCUCAACUCAAGAAAAUACCCUCUGGCAUUCAACACUUGAAGAAACUUAAAGUUCUCAAUAUGUGGUUUAUGCCCACUGAGUUUGAGCAAAGCAUUUCUCUCAAUGGAGGACAAGAGCGUUGGGUCAUCCAGCAUGUGCCCCAUGUAACAUUAUUUUCCGGGUUGGUGUAGAACUUCGGAAAAACCUCAACAGAAGACAUCACUCACAAAGUUAGAAAUCGUAAUCAAAGGGAAUAAGAACAAAGUAGUUGCAAUUGAGCUGAGUGUUAAAGACUCCAGAAGCAGUGUACCAUGAGCUAAAGGGCCUUGAAGAAAUAGUGGAAGUACCUCCAUCUACCAUCAUCUCUUACUCUUUCACUUUGUUUAUCUUUUUGUUUUGCUAAAUCCUGUUGGUUGGUUAGUGAUGAAUGAAUUUUACGAGAAUCUUUUGUAAUCUGACUUUUUUAUAUUCAAUGCAAGCUAUUCAUUAGCUUAAUGCUAUUCAUUAACUUUUGGAAUCUUGUGGAUGGAAUUGAGAUUGAUUGCCAUGUAUAUAUUGGGAUAAGUUUGAGAAUAGAACUUAUUGAUGCA